AUGUUGUGCUCUUCUUCAAAUAUUAUAAUGGGAAAUCGAGAUCAGGCAAAGGAAGGUACAUAUACUCAACAAUUGGCUCCUUCAUGCUCCAAUGAACAAACGAACCUGAUACAGGAUGAAAAACAAUUGCAAUACCUUGACCUGAGACAUCUGCAAAGCCAACAGGCGGAGUUCCUUUCAAAUAGUAAAAGUCCUUCUACACAAUCACAUAUUCAGUCGAUACUACUGGUGGCUUCUUCUCAACAGCAGCUGCAACAACAAAAACUACAAGUGGAGCAAAAUAGAGUCCUUCCCCAACAACAGAAUCACGCACAGAGCUUGCUUCAAGUGUCAACACAAGCAGAGAUAAUACCUCAAGUCUACAGUAACGAGUAUGUUACGUCCAACUCUUUUAUUGGGGCAUCUGAUUUGAGUAUGACAUCGAACCAAAUGAAUCAGCUGCGAAAUAAUUUAGGACAAAAUUUACCCAUCCCCUUAGGCGUGCAAUACCAACUGAUGUGGACUCUUCCCUUAGAUGAAUCAAAAUGUUUCCUGGAGCCAAGAACUGCCCAAAGCUAUAACGGCACUGAACGUCAAAGUUUUUCACCAAUACAACAGCCCCUAGUUGAAGAUCAUGCACAGCAGCAAUUUCAACAACCACAGCAGCUACAACAACAACAACAACAACCACAGCAGCUACAACAACAACCACAGCAGCUACAACAACAACAACAACAACCACAGCAGCUACAACAACAACCACAGCAGCUACAACAACAACAACAACAACCACAGCAGCUACAACAACAACCACAGCAGCUACAACAACAACAACAACAACAACAACAACAACAACAACAACAACAACAACAACAA